AAACCUUAGUUAGACAGUAUAAAUUAACGUUGCAAAGUCUAAAGAAUAGUUCAUCACAAUUUUGAGCUCUUUAAUAUAAUCAUUAGAAAAAGCAAAAAAUUAUAAUGAAAACACAGUCACAGCCUCUUGAAGCCCGUCGCUCUGCAAACUAUCGACCGUCUCUUUGGAAGCACGAGAAUCUCCUCUUGCUCGGGAACAAAUAUGCGGUAUAUAAAGAGGACAAAAUCGAGAGAGCUAAGUUAUUAAAGCAAGAAGUUAGUAGAAUGCUUGAUGAAACAGAGGGUUUACUUGAACAGCUAGAGCUCGUUGACAAUUUACAAAGACUCGGAAUUUCUUACCAUUUCGAACGUGAAAUCAAGAAGAUUCUAACGAAUGUUCACGUAAGACAUGUGAGACACAGAAAGAGGGUAGAUCGGAAGAGAUCUGAAGACUUAUAUGCGACUGCCCUUAUGUUCCGACUCCUAAGGCAACAUGGUUUGAAUAUCGCACAAGAUGUUUUUUACUGCUUUUUUGGAGAUGGCUUGGAUGAUGAAGACAUCAAGAGUGUUCUUUCACUAUACGAAGCUUCAUAUCUCUCGACCAGAUUCGAUACUAAACUGAAAGAGACCAUAUACUAUACAACAACACGACUUAAAAAGUUCGUGGAAAUGAAGAACAAUGAGACCACAUCUUAUGUUCGAAAGAUGGUGAUACGUGCGCUAGAAAUGCCAUACCAUCGGAGGGUGCGAAGACUAGAAGCAAGAUGGUACAUAGACGUGUAUGGCGAGAGACACGACACGAACCCUAACUUACUAGAAUUGGCGAAACUUGAUUUCAAUUUCGUACAAGUUAUCCAUCAAGACGAGCUCAAAUCUCUCUCUAGCUGGUGGAGCAAGACGGGAUUAACAAAAAUCCUUGAUUUCGUAAGAGAUCGAAUAACGGAGAGUUAUUUCUCGAGUGUUGGAGUAAUCUAUGAGCCUGAGUUUGCACAUCAUCGACAAAUGCUUACAAAAGUAUUCAUGCUUAUUACCACUAUCGAUGAUAUAUACGAUAUAUAUGGGACACUGGAGGAGCUCCAACUAUUCACAGCCAUUGUUGAAAAAUGGGAUGUGAAUCGUCUCGAAGAACUUCCCAAGUACAUGAAGUUGUGUUUUCUAUGUCUCAUCAACGAAAUCAAUCAGAUUGGAUAUAUAAUUCUAAGAGACAAAGGAUUUAAUGCGAUUCCUUACCUCAAAAAAUCCUGGGCAGAUAUGUGUACAACUUUUUUAAAAGAGGCAAAGUGGUACAAAAGAGGUUACAAACCUAAACUCGAAGAGUACAUGGAAAAUGGUUGGCUCUCAAGUUCUGUCCCUACAAUACUUCUCCACUUGUUAUGUCUAUUCCCCGACCAAAACCUAGACAUUCUUGUCUCCUACCACCACCAUGUUAUUCGAAACUCUGCCACAAUCCUCCGUCUCGCUAACGAUCUCGCCACUUCUUCGAAGGAAUUGGCAAGAGGCGACAAUGUUAAGUCCGUACAAUGUCACAUGCAUGAAACUGGAUCUCCAGAGGCAGAGUCACGUGCGUACAUUCGAGAAAUGAUCGGUGUGGCUUGGGAAGACUUGAACUUGGAAAGGAAGAGUUGUUGGCUACAUCAAGGUUUCGUAGAAGCGGCAGCUAACCUCGGACGCGUGGCUCAGUGCAUUUAUCAGUACGGUGAUGGCUAUGGCAGUCCCGAAAAGGCUAAGACCGUCGAUCAUGUCCGGUCCUUGCUCGUCUACCCUGUUCCAUAACCAGACAAAUAAUAUUAGUUUAUUUCCCUCCUCAUAAUAUUGGUGAGAGUGCAGACAUAUAUAGUUCCCUCCUCAAGUUGUGAAUUAUGUAGUUAAGAAAAUAAAAUUAAGAGCUUGUAAAAUACAAUAAUCACAAUGUUCAAAAAAAAUAUAUACAAUAAUCAGCUCAACCAUUGUUGUAUUUUCUA